CCCGGGAGCCGCAGCCCUCGGGCACGUCCCGGCGUUCCCGUCCCGCAGGGAAGCGUGGCCUGAGGCGGCGCCGCGCUCCUCCGCGGGUUGAGCUCCGUGGCGGCCUGGUCCAACCCCUGGGCUCCUGGGAAAACCACAAGAAGGUCCAUCUGUCUGUGUGCCCCUGCUGUUCCUGGGGAGAUGUCCAACGUUUCCAGCUAUGCCCUUCGUAUGGCCCGGCUGAGUGCCCAGAUAUUUGGUGAUGUUGUAAGGCCCACUGACUCCAAAUCCAUGAAAGUGGUGAAGCUGUUCAGUGAGCAGCCCCUGGCCAAGCAGGAUGAGGUCUACAACUGGUACCCCCCUCACAACACCUACUAUGCCCUCAUGAAGAAACUCCGCUACUUUGGGCUCUACAGGGAUGAGCAUCAGGACUUCAAGGAAGAGAUGAGGCGAUUGAAAAAGCUCCGUGGGAAGGAAAAACCAAAGAAGGGGGAAGGAAAGAGGGCUCUCAAGAAGAAAUAGUGCUGUUUGAACAGUGUAAUUGGCUACCCUGGAAAUGCUGGGGAAUGGCUGGACAAGGCUUGGCAUGUGUGUGGGGCACAAGAAACACACUGUGAAAUAGUGGACUCCACCUUGGGAAUGCACUUGGGUCUUUGAAGUUUUACUGGUUUUGAAUUUCUAUGCUUCAAGUAUAGUGUAUAUUGCAGCACAGUAAUAAAAAAAGUGCUCAGUGGUUUUCUUGAAACCACCUGUAGCUCUUUCUGUUUUUCUUGGUCUGGAAAUUGUUUGACUUUGUUGUUUGUUUUACUUCCUUGUGUUAAUAUCAACACUGUUUUGCAUGUGGCCACAAAAAAACAAGGAUUCCUGCUUCUGCUUGUCUAUCUUACCUUUUAUAAUUAAUUUCAUUUCAGAUAGCUCUAGUGCUAUUUUUUCAAGUUUGUUUUUUUAAGUUGCUGUUACAUUGUUGUUCUGUGCUUUUCACUGAACCAUACUUCCCAGACUACUGCCUGCCCACAGCACUCUCAUUGUACCCUAAACUUUCAGAUACGACAGAAGAGGCUGAAAUAAUAUGUAACUAAAUGCAUAUAAUAAUGGAACUAUUAUAUGCAAUAAUGAAAUUUUAAAUAACUUUUCUACAAUUUACAAUUCCAAUUGCCUAGAAGACAUGUAUUAAACACUGCUUAAGCUGA